UCUUGUUUUUUUUCUUUUUUGUUUUUGUUUUUUGUUUUUUUUUUUGUGAGGGCAUCUCUCAUAUUUAUUGAUCAAAUGGUUGUUAACAACAAUAAAAUUCUGUAUAGGGGAGUCAAUGCUCAAUGCACAAUCAUUAAUCCACCCCAAGCCUAAUUUUCGUCAGUCUUCAAUCUUCUGAGGCAUAACAAACAAGUUCUUACAUGGAGAACAAAUUCUUAAAUAGUGAGUAAGUUCUUACAUGGUGAACAGUACAAGGGCAGCCAUCACAGAAACCUUCGGUUUCAGCAGUCUUGUUUUUAAAUUCCGUUAAAUAUCUGGAGCAUCAUCCAAAGUGAUAAAAUUCAUCUUUCUGUAUCUAACUAAAAUUCUUCUUUAAUAGAUGUAAGAGAUUCAAAACUGUCUACAACCUGAGAUCAGUAUUUUAGGCUGCAAACUGACAUCGCUCCAUAAAUAUUGAAGCCCAGAUCUGUUUUGAAACAGGCAGAGAACUUUAGAGUGCCGUAGAGACCGUUCAGUACACAGCCAGAGAUGCAGAACGCGCCUGGCCUUGAACCACACUGUCCAGAUCUCAGUGGCUGGUGGUCAUUGGGCUUCUGGAGGGCAAGGAACUUUCGGACCACUCCCUGAGGACCCAGGGCGCCCCCAGAGCCAGGGCAUUGGAACCCGGAACAGAGGGCCGGGAAGCAGAGACGUGCAGGCUUCCAGCGGCGGCAGCGGCGCCCCGAGUCCUUCGCCCUCGGGUCCGCCUCGAGGGCCGGUCGAGCCCGUCCCGGAGCCCCGCCCGAGCCGCGGCGCGCAGGACGCGGGGCCGAGGCGCAUGGGUGCUGGCAGCCCGGCCCCGGCUUCCUCGGCCGUCGGCCCCGCGCCCGCCGCCCCCGCAACGCCGCCAGUUCGCCCCGCGCCCGCCGACGUGCGCCUGAGGAGCUUCCCCCGCUCCGCGCUCGGGCCCGGCCGGGCAUGGCCGCGCCGAGAGCGUCGGCUCGCGUCUGGGGGUGGCUGCUGCUCGGCGGCUGCGUCCUCGCCGGAGCCCAAAUUCUGGGAAUGCAGUGUUGGAGACACCAGGUGAAUUCAUGAAGCCCCAAUCCUAUAUAAAGAAGAAUAUAUGAAAAGCCACUUUAUUUUGACCAUGCGAGAUCUGAAGCAGAGGAACUGGCUGAGCCCACCCAUCCUUCUGACCUACACAACUAUGAAAUAAUCAAUUUGUGUUAUUUGAAAUCGCUAAAUUUGUGGUGACUUGUUAUAGCAGCAAUGGAAAACUAAUACAUUCUAUUUGUUAUAAUAUUUUUUCCCUUUCCAGGAUGAUAACCUGCCCAUUUUCAAGUGGGAACAGCAUAAAUGAUUUAUGUUUCUCUGCUUUGCCUAGAUUUCUGAAUUCAGUUAUUCAAUUGAAAGCCUUUUAGGCAUGUUGUGAAAAGCUGGAUUUUACUUUAUAAACAGAGACUUGAAGGAAGUCUGUGGAGUGUGAUUUUUAU